AUGAUGCGGACAUCAUUACUUGCCAUAGGAACCAACAAAGGCAUGAUUUAUUAGGUGAACUCUUAGUCAGGAGCAUUAGUGAAUAAAUACUAGGCACAUUCUAAAAAGAUUACCAGCAUAUACUUAAAGGAAACUUCUGCAAUUAUAUCAUCAUCGCAUGAUGGAAUCAUUAAAAUUACUUCUCUCUGCCCUGAAUUUGACACAAUGACUCUUGAAAUAAAAGAACUAGAAUUAUCGUGUUAUUGCUUAAGAGCUUUAACAUUCAAUGCGUCUAAUAUAGAAUUUUUCAUUGGAACUACUCAAGGAAAACUGUUUUACUUCUACAAUGGAUGGCUUCAAAAUACCAAGGAAGUCAUUCACAACAAUCAAGAGGAAGGGCCUAUCCUUUGUGUCACUUCUUAUCAGGAUGUUGUUUCUUGGGCAACUCCUAAAAACAUCAGAGUAAUCCAUUAUGGCAAAAAGCAAAAGAUAUGCUUGAUAGAAAGACCUAAAAAUAGUCAUCACUUCCCAGACUACAUCUAUGAAUCAAAAGUAGUUAAGCCAACAAUAUUCUGGAAAAAAGAAAAUGAUGCAAGCAAAGUUGAUUUGCUCUACAUAUCUUGGUAUAAUUUGAUAAAGCUCUGUAGAUUGAAACUCAAGGAAGACUAAAAAUUUUAAAUGGAGGUUUUAAAGAGCAUAGACUUGGAUAACAUUUUCAUUUGCGGUGUUUCUUUGAUCAAAGAAUUCCUAGUUCUAUUCUAAUUUACUCUACCUAGAAGAGAUAAUCUAUUUGAAGAGACUCUUCAAUUGAUUGAAUAGUAGAAGGAGCAUAUCCCUCCAAGUGAAGUAUUGAAAUUCUAAAACAUUUAUCUUGAGCAUUUGAUGAAAAUCAAGGAUUAUCCUAAAAUUGGUGAAUAUCUUGUAUUAUUCCUAAGUAAGAUUAUAUAAUUCAUUAGAAUAGCCGAUAACAAGGAGAGAUGGGAGCAUUGGAUAAAUAGAUUAAUGCAGAAGAAGAUUUUGAGCUAUUCAAUAUAAAUUAUUCCUAAAGAGUAUCCACGACUUGACCUUAAAAUUUAUACCAAAAUUUUUGAGCACCUUCUUGAAAUAAAGGACUAUCAGAAUGUCUAGCAAGCACUCAGAACAUUUCCGCCUUAUUUGAUCAAUUAGUAUCAUUUAAUGGAGGUCAUUAAAAGGCAGAUAGAGCACUCUAAAGAGCUCUCUAACAAUAAAGAUGUCCUUGAGAUUUUGUUUUUACUCUAUGACUUGAACAGAGAUUAUCUUACAGCUUUUCACAUUAUAGUAAAAAUGAAGGACAAAAAGGUGUUUGACUUCUUAAAACGAACUUAACUAGACUUUGACUUGGGAAAGUAUCUGUCUAAGUUACUUCUAAUUGAUUCAUCAAUGACUGUUGACUUUUUAUUCCAAAAGUAUGGCAAACAGUAGCAAUCAUAGAUAGUUGACUAAUGCGUUUAAAUAAUUAAGCAAAUGGAGAGACAAGAUAAAGAUAAAUUACUGUACUUGUACCUUGAUGAAGUGUUUAAGAAGAACUCUGAGCUCUCUAAACUUCAUCAUGCUUCUUAAAUUGAAUUAUAUUGCAGAUUUAACCCUGAUAAAUUAAUGCGAUUCUUAUCAAAGACUGAGGAAUAUAUCCCUUUAGCUGCUGCUGAGAUUUGCAAAUAAUACGACCUGUUUAAAGAACAUGCUUACUUGCUGAUGAAAACUGGGAACGAGCCAGAAGCUAUCAGGGUCCUAAUAGAUAAAUGUCACAAAGUAAGUGAAAUAAUAGAGCUAUCUGUUAGAUUUAACAUAAAUGUCGAUAACAUGUGGGACUAAGUUCUACUCAAAUCUCUCCACAAAACUGAUCAAAUUAACUCUCUUCUUCAUUACGUAGAUCAGUAUUCUAAGCCGGCCACUAUUCUUUCACUGUAUGAUGAAAAUGUCAAAGUUGGCCAAGUUAGAGAUAGUCUUAUCAUUGCAUUUAGAAAGAUGAGGUUGUAUAAGUUUUUGUUGAGAUCAGCGCUUCAUAUUUGUUAAAAGUCCAAAUAAGAACUAAUAAUGUUCUAAGUUGACUCUGGCAAAAGAGGAUACUAUGACAUUGAUAAUGAAUGUGACUAGUGCAAAAAAAGCUUGUUAACUUAGAAAAUAUUAAAUGAAUGCGUUGAAAUAACCCAAAAGAAAGAAACUUAAUUCUUAGAUCUCUUCCAGCAGUUCACUAAUUCUCUCAUUAACUCGAAUAGCCAAGAACUUCCUCCUUAGCAGCAAUAAUACAAUUAAGAACCUCACUAAAAUCUCUUAAAAGCAUUUAUGAUUUUCAGGUGUGGCCACAAAUAUCACAAGAAAUGUAUGGUAGCAAAGAAUAACCUAGAUAAUGAGGAAUAAAAAGAGAGUAAACUUUAGCUAAGCAAGUAGCCUUUCGAUAAAAAAGGAUCUAAAAAGUCAGCAUCCAAUUUAAGAAGUUCAAAUAGCAGCAGUAACUCUAUGCGCAGGAUUACUGGCCAGAAUAAUAGUUUAUAUGAAUGCAUUGUUUGCAGCAAAUUUAACUUUUUGAUCAAUUGA